AUGUUCCGUGUGCAUAUAUUGUACAUAGUUAAUUGCGGAGAUUUCCUCUUACAAAUUUAUGCUUCUCGCGGGAUAGCCAGAAAAAAGCAAAACGAUUUAAGACCAUACAUUUCAUUUUCCUUUUUUAGCAAUUCCUUGUGUUUUCAAAAUUUAAAAUCCAUGAUUUACCUAUUUGCAGAUGAAUUUCCAACCGUUAGAUGGGGACAGAGCUCAAAGAAAUUGACGCUCAUCAUUUCCAUUCCGUCCGUCGAAGGGGAGAAGGUGGAAUUUACGGAAAGUAACAUACACCUCACAACGCCCAAUAAGCAGGGCCAGAACUUCGACCUCAGCUUAGAUUUACUAAGACCGAUAAUCCCAGUGAAAUGUUCCUACACCUCAUUGGACAGCGGGCUAAAGAUACAGAUUGAGAAACGGGUCAAGGAACCGUGUUGGAAGCGCUUGACGAAGAACGAAGAAAUGAAUUUUCUGAUAAAAGACAAAAGGCUUAGCGAUCCAACUGACUGUGAAGAGGCCAAGGAAAUCUGGCUGGGAGAAUACAUGUUUUUUAAAAGAAAAAAUAAGUCGAACAACACCCCAACAAGGGUGGAUGAUGCUGACCCAACGAAAAAAAAGGACAUCAACAUAAUUGACAGCUUGAAGGACGCCCACCCAAAUUUCUCCCUGCACGAAUAUUAG